AUGCAAGAUUUUGACUUUUCUCCUUUUGUCGAUGAUAGGAAAGACGAAUAUCAACCUGUCAUCCCGGGAUUGCCAGAUGACUUGGCUAUGCGUUGUCUGGCGAAGUUGUCCCACGGAUAUCAUGGGGUUCUUGAAAGCGUCUCACAAAGAUGGAAACAUUUGAUUAGCAGCUCGGACUAUGCACACUAUAAAGCUAAAGAAGGAUGGUGUGGUGAUUGGUUGUUCGUUCUCACCGAGCAGUCCCAAAGGCAGUGGGUUGCCUAUGAUCCUGAUGCAGACCGAUGGCAUCCUCUGCCUAAGAUUUCAGGAGAGUAUGCAGAUUGGCAGCACUUUGGAUUUUCUUGUGUUUGUGUUCAGAACCGGCUCUUAGUGAUUGGGGGAACUCAUGCACAACAGGAUUUGUCAAGUUGCCAAAAGCCUUCGGUAACUAAUCAGGUGCUUCAGUUCGAUCCAUAUAAGAAACAGUGGACUAAUGUUGCAAGAAUGCGGACCCCACGCUCACAGUUCGCUUGCAGUGUUGUUUCUGGGAAGGUUUAUGUAGCAGGGGGUCGCAACUUAUGCUGCACCAGAGGGCUUUCGCUUGCUGAGGUUUAUGAUCCUCUAACCGAUAAAUGGGAGGAAUUGCCUGCUAUGCACAUACCACAAGUGGAUUGUUUAGGCUUGUCAUAUCGAGGCAAGUUCCAUGUUUUAAGUGACCAGGUAGGCCUGUCAGAUGUGAAUACAUCUCAAGUUUUUGAUCCUUCAAACACAACAUGGGCGACGGUGGAGGACGUCUGGCCUUUCUCCCGAGCAAUGCAAUUUGCAGUUCAGGUUAUGGGCGAUGGGCAAGUGUACACAGUUGUCGAUUGGGGUGAGAGCCUCAUUAAGACGAGGGACUCUGAAGAUGGAGAGUGGUACAAUGUCGGUUCUGUCCCUGCUGUCAUCCUAAAUAACCAUGCACGUGCAUUAGAAGCCUUUGCCUAUGGGUUUGCUUCGUUGAGAGGUGAACUAUAUGUGUUGGGGGGAAAGGUUCUCAAGUGGGAAGAAGCAGGAGCUGGGAGGUUUGACAUUGUGCGAUUGGCUCUGGUUAGGGUUUGUGAUCCCAAGGUCAGGCCAUUGAAGUGGAAAGAAACUCGGCCGAUGUGUGGGUUUGCACGUGGCUGUAUACUGGGAUGUGCUUCCUUGGAGCAGGAAGAAUCUGUAUGA